AUGUCUUCAAGUGGUUAUUCUUCUCACGCGCUUGUAGUGCUGGUCCUGGCGACGUCCGAGACCUUGGGAGGCGUGGUGAACGGCACACUCCCGGUGGUCCGCAUACAAAAAGAGCAAGCUGAGGAAAAAGAAUGCUGCAAGGGUCACCAGAAGCCCACCAAGGAAGAAGUCGAGUGGGGAAGAGAACUCGUCAAGAACGUCUACAUCGCGAGCGAAACUGUGAAGAUGCUUCCCAGGACUGCGUUCUACAGCGACCAAGAAGUCUGCUACGACGGCCUGGGCUGCUUCUCGCAGAGGGACAUCUUUUCACACUCCAUCUCGCUCCCAUCUAGCCCCAGGGAGGUGGACACCAAGUUCAUGCUCUACUCCCGCAAGAACAGACAAGUCCCCGUGCUCCUCGACUACCUGCGCUACGAAUCCUUGGGCGUCGAUCAGUUCCAACGGCAGAAGAGCCUUGUCUUCAUCGUGCACGGGUUUGGUGAAAAUGGCAACGCUACUUGGAUACUGGAGAUGAAGGACGCCUUUCUUGAAAUGGAGGACGUGAACGUGGUGGCCGUAGACUGGAACAAGGGCUGCCCUAUGCCCCUGUACAUGACCGCCGCCGCCAACACGGCGCUGGUGGGCAGGCAGAUCGCGCGCCUCGUGGAGGUAUUGGCCCACCGGCACCCGGACACCGUGGUUCCGGGCAAGGUGCACCUGGUGGGCUUCAGUCUCGGAGCCCAAGUUGCGGGCUUCGCGGGAAGGAGCUUCUCCAGGACGGUCGGGAAGAAGAUCGGACGGAUCACUGGUCUGGAUGCUGCUGGUCCUCUGUUUGAGUCCUACGGGUUCCACGUGAGCAGGCACGAUGCGCAGUUCGUGGACGGCAUCCACACGAGCGCGGGCACGAACCUGCUCAAGGGUUGUCUGGGGAUGGUGAAGCCCUACGGCAACGCCAACUUCUACCCCAACGGAGGCAAAUCCCAGCCUGGCUGUUGGUGGUUCGACUUGGCGUGCCACCAUCGCCGUGCCGUGGAGUACUUUAUGGAGUCUAUCCAGUCUGCCAGAAGCUGCCAGUUCAAGGCCCUCAAAUGUCCCGGCGGUCAGAAGGCGUUUCUCGGGGGACGCUGCGGCAGGAGCGGCUACCACUGGGGCGAGAUGGGCUACCACAGCAUAGACGCCAAGGGAAGGGGAGAGCAGUACUUGUGGACCAACAAAGACUGCCCGUUCUGCAGGAUGUAGGAAAACGCGGGUCAUUGUGCAAAGCCCAAGACCGGCGCCACCCGUCAUUUCAGUAAUCGUUUUGUAU